UCGAAAUGUUUUCUAUGACAAACUAUUUUUUACCUGUCAAAAUUGGGCGAUAAAGCUUCUGAUAUUUCUGUCGAUACCGAGGCGCAAGUUUGAAUGAAAUAUAGCUUUUCUAAACGAAAUUGGAAUAUUAUAUUGGACGUGGUUAUCGUUUGAAUGAAUAAAGGCCCGAAUUUGCAUAACUGAUAUCUGUGAAACGCAUGAAAACCAUACAGAAUCUACCUUAGAUUACAACAGAUUUUCGUUUAAAAAACAUGACUGAUGAAAACGGGCAACAUCAAUCUCCCGAUCAGCUUCCCGAUCAUCUAACUAUUGAAGACGUGAUACCGGACGACGUAAGCAGCGUAGAAUCUGACAGAUGUUGGGAAGAACAGUACCGCGGCGACAGUCACAAAUGGUUAAUAAGGGACGCUGCGAAAAAAAAGACCAACGAAGGGGUUUGUUCCACCAUGAAAGAGGAGUACGGACCUCCCCAACCCGACGAACAAACGAACGUCGGAAUACGGAAGAAAUUGCUGACAGAACAACUUUACAAAGAAGUGGCCGAGGAGGUCUUAAAGGAAAGGGCGCAGAAGCCAAUGGAAAGGGAGUUUUGUACCACUUACAACGCCGAAUAUAACGCCCAAGGGUUUAAAGUGAAAAGCGGCUAUGAUCUGAUAGACGAGGAUCUUUGCAAAAAAUACCCGCUGUAUGCCACACAGGCUUUGACCUAUUAUCGACAUUUAAUAGACGAAAAGGGUAGUAGUGUUGUGAUGCCGGGGUUGACGAAAAUUACCGACCAGAAGAGCCCUUUCAAAAGGAGCUAUGCCUUUACCAAAUCUGUUAUUGAAGGGCAAGACGAAUAAAAUUAUGUCAAAACGCGAAAAUGUGUUGCUAAUCUUAAUUAGUUUUUUGGCAUAGUUAAUUGAAUUUUCUGUUGUCUCUUUUUCGAAUGUCUCUGUCUAUUGGUAUCUAUGAGGUAUACAUUUAUAUCUAUUACUAUUUUAUUUACUUGUUAUGGAAACCAAAACUUAAAUAAAGACAUACCUAC